ACGUGAUAUGGAACGGGCCCGUAAUGUGGAUGGGGGCCCAUGAUGUUGAUGGGCCAGUGAUGUGGAUGGAAGCGUUUUUAAAUCCAUUCAGGGUCUCUGCUGGGGAAAAAAUAUGUUGGAAAAUGCUGAAUUAAAGGUAUGUAUCUCCUAAUAAAUAUAGAUAUUACCUAAAAGUAGACCUAUUUCCAGAUAAAUAUAUAUAUAUAUGAUAAAUAAAUGAAAUAUAUCUAUGGAGAUAUAUUUAUAUAUUCUGUAUAUAUAUAUUCCAAAUAUCCUAAAUUUGUCCAUAUAAUAAGUCGGCCUAAAUAGCGUAUAGAAAUCUAAUUUGUCAAAAUUAUAUAUUCUAAGCAGAACCUAUUAAAUAUACGUUCUAUGAAACCCUCCUCUCCUUCCCUUAUUUUCAAAACAAUAACUACACUACAAUAAGUAAUAAGAUUCCAAUCCAUCGUGAAAAAAAAAAGAUUAAUAGAAAUACCUUUAAAAAAAAAAAAUAGCAAAUUUACCAAUAAUGAAAAAUGUAAUAAUUUAUCUGUUAACAUGUUUGUGAUUUAAUUCACUACAAAUCAUUUUUUUUGCUUUGUUUUGUUUACAAAUGUUUAUCGCGUUCUGUUGGGAGAUUAGAGAUGAAUUAAUGUAACUGUAAUUUGUAAUGCCUAAUAACCAUUUAAGAUGGUAUAGCUAAUUUCUCAGGCUGGAUCAUGUUUGUGUCUGGGGCCAAACCAAACGAAGGAAAUGCUGUUUAUGAGAAAAUUAUCAGGAACGGUGGCUUAACUAGGUUCAGUUGUGUUUUUUUCCACUGGGUCCGGGUAUUUUGAGAAAAUACACGGUGGUUUCAAUUAAUUUUAAAAAGAGUAAACUUCAAAUUUUCUAUAAUAUAUGCCGGCCUUUAAACAAUAGUCUUACAGACAGACCUACAUCCUACCUGCCGGCCUUUAAACAAUAGUCUUACAGACAGACCUACAUCCUACCUGCCGGCCUUUAAACAAUAGUCUUACAGACAGACCUACAUCCUACCUGCCGGCCUUUAAACAAUAGUCUUACAGACAGUCCUACAUCCUACCUGCCGGCCUUUAAACAAUAGUCUUACAGACAGUCCUACACCCUACCUGCCGGCCUUUAAACAAUAGUCUUACAGACAGUCCUACAUCCUACCUGCCGGCCUUUAAACAAUAGUCUUACAGACAGACCUACAUCCUACCUGCCGGCCUUUAAACAAUAGUCUUACAGACAGACCUACAUCCUACCUGCCGGCCUUUAAACAAUAGUCUUACAGACAGACCUACACCCUACCUGCCGGCCUUUAAACAAUAGUCUUACAGACAGUCCUGCACCCUACCUGUGGCUAUUUAUUUAUUAAUAUGAAAGGCGCCUCACCUUUAAGAAACAAAAAAAAAAUAACCUGGACGGGACGUCUGAACUGUAUGACAGCCUUUUUUUUACUCAGUAGAUCCACGAUAAAUAAAAAAAACAUGUGGCGUUUGUGAUUGUAGUACGAGGCACUGGCUACAGUCAACAUAGGGACACAUAGCUGUCUAUUCAUCGUCCAUAGAUUAAGAUUGUAGUACGAGGCACCGGGUACAUUCAACAUAGGGACACAUAUAUGUCUAUGCAUUGACCAUAGAUUGUGAUUAUAGUUCCUAAUGAAUGGAAGACAUAAUCAAACCAAAGUGAAACACGUGACCAAAUGAAGUUAAUAGCGGGUUGGUUAAAAAUAGAAACAUGACAGCCCCAGAGAGCAUGAGAGGGGCAUUAGCCAUCAAUGCCCACCAAAUAUUUCGCCAGACAACCGGGUUACAGUAAAUGUGGAUAUGAUAUUUUAUUACGUAUUUCUUCUUCUUCUAUAUUUUGAGGGCCCACGAUCAAUGUGUUGAUCAUUCUGGCUCCUAUGUAAGUAGAGGAGUUCGCGAUGUAACUGGGCAUCGUUCACUAGUUGCAAGGACUGCUCAGCGAUGGUAUUAUGGACUGGUGGUUGGAAGUGAGGAGGCAGUAGGCUCAAAUGUGGCAAGUGUAGUCGCCUCAAAUGUUCCUUAUUGUUCUAAUUCCUGAGUGUCUUUAGCAGGAAUGAGCAGUUCCUGUACUGAGUUCUUGUUCUAUGAGCCGGAACUACGUCAUGGCCUCGUCGCUGUCUAGGGGUGAGAGAGACGAGUUUCUGUUUGAUGUUGGAGCAGUCGACCAGCCCAUUACUUAUCUUGUGGAAGUGAGUCAGUGCAUUACGUAUCUUCUGGCAGUGGACCAGCCCAUUACUUAUCUUUUGGCAGUGAACCAGUCCAUUACUUAUCUUCUGGCAGUGGGCCAGCCCAUUACUUAUCUUGUGGCAGUGGACCAGCCCAUUACUUAUCUUGUGGCAGUGGACCAGUGCAUUACUUAUCUUGUGGCAGUGGACCAGUCCAUUACUUAUAUUGUGGCAGUGGACCAGCCCAUUACUUAUCUUGUGGCAGUGGACCAGUGCAUUACUUAUCUUGUGACAGUGGACCAGUGCAUAAAUUAGCUUGUGUAUUUUAUACAGCAGGUGGGUCGGUAUUGAAUGUACUUAAUGACCUCACGUGACAGAUAAUGUCUACCAGUGAUGGGUCGGAAACAUACUAAUGAAAAAAAAACCCAGCAGACGUGAAACAGAGAGACAACAGACUCAAAGCAGAGUACCAACAGAUGUGAAGUAGACAGACAAUAGACCAUUUACACAAGACCACAACACGUGACGUCUCAAGUAAUGAAAACAGGCUGUCAGACUGGUCAAUCCAUCAUGGGCUGGUAGAACACAAGGUCAAUGACCCUUGAUAAAACAACGACAGGAGUUGAUUACAGUGCUACAUCAUAAUUUGGCGACUGUCAUCCUGGCGGUCAUCAAAGGAAUUGGCCUGGGGGGUGAAUCUAUGUUGGUAUUGGAAGGGGUAUUGGGUGUGUCGAACGAACGAUGAAAAGGUGUGGCUAAUGGGGGAUUUAGGGUGUGUGUCCAAUGUUUAGGCUGUGUCUAAUGGAGGAUGUGUGGUGGUGUUCUAAUGAAGGAUUAUUGGGAUGUGUAUAAUUGAGAAUGUAUGGGAUGUGUCUAAGAUAUAGGGUGUGACUUAUGGAUAGAGCGUGUCGAAAAAAUGAAGUAUAGGGUGUGUCUUAUGGAGAAUGUAGGGGUGUGUCUAAUGGAGGAUUUAUGACGUGUGUCUAAGAUAUAUGAUGUGUCUAUCGCAGCAGGUGUGUCGAAUGUAGGACGUAUGGGGUGUGUCCAAUAGAGGAUGCAUGAUGUGUUACUAAUUAAUGGGGCGUGUCUAAUGUAUGAAUGGGAAUGAUCGGGAGGAGGGAGGAGGGAGUGAUCGGGAUGAGUUAUGAACUGGAUGUGGGAAUGAUCGGGAUGAGAAGAGGGUCUGGAAAUUGGAAAGAUUGGGAUGGGGGAAUGAUCUGGAUGUUGGAAUGAUUGUGAUGAGGGAAGGAUCUAGAUGUUGGAUGAUUGGGAUGAGGGAAGGAUCUCUAGAUGUUGGAUGAUUGUGAUGAGGGAAGAAUCUAGAUGUUGAAUGAUUGUGAUGAGGGAAGGAUCUAGAUGUUGGAAUGAUUGGGAUGAGGGAAGGAUCUGGAUGUUGUGAAUCCAAAGAAUGACAUAACAGUCUGUGUAUAAUUACAACGUCUGCACACCGAACGCCUUGAUUUUGUACAAGGGUUUGAGAGUAUUGACAGCAUUCUCACCUGUCACAACAUAAGGCUACUAUUACGUCAUCAUCUGCCUAUACAGUAUUGUUUCAUUUGUCAUGUCCUAAUUAGUGUAUCAAUAAUUGUGAUGACAGAAAUGUUCUUUAGAUCCUCACAUGUAUCUCGCUCACAAUGUUAACUCAAAGGUACACCAAUGUAUUAACACAUAACAGCAAUAGGCUUAUGUUUAGAAAUGGGGGUAGAUUUAUUGUGGUGCAGACCAGCCUGGUCCAUGUGACGGUUGCUUGCUUGCAUAGCUAGUGAAAUCAAAAUACCCCCCUCCUCCCCCAUCACACGGGUGAAAUAAAUGACCAGUUGUGUUAUGUUACGGUCUGCGUGGCCUGAAUAAUUAGGUUCAGGGACUCUCAAACUGUAGGGGAUUAAAGAGCAUAGAUCGACCCCAGAAACAGUUGUAAGGUCCAUAUGCGUGUCUUAGUGUUUAUAUUAGAACGAAAUGAGAGAGAGGUAGGGUGACAAGGAGUGAGACAUAAUAGAAAGAGUUGGGAGGAGAGGCAAGGAGGAGGGGGUGAGACGAAGUAAGAGAAAGAGUAAGAGAAAGACAGAAGGAGAAGAGAGGUAAAGGGGACAAAGGGGGGAAAGGGGGAGAGGCAACUAGGAGUGACAGACAUAGAGAUAGAGAGCCAGAGACAACCCAUGAAGGGAGAGAGGUCUGGUGAGAGAGGUCUGGUGAGAGACGUCUGCUGAUGAGAGAAGGCUGGUGAGAGAGGACUGGUGUGAGAAGUCUAGUGAGAGACGUCUAGUGAGAGGAGGAAAGAUAACGAACACGAGAGACAGAGAGAGUUGGGAAAUAAAGACAGAUUUAAAUCUAGAGAGUGAGUGAGAGAGAGAGGGAGAGAGAGAGAGCAUAGAUCGACCCCAGAAACAGUUGUAAGGUCCAUAAAUAAAAUAGCUAUCGUGUGAAGGUGAAAUAAAGUGUGACUGUCGUUGGUUAAUGGAUGAAAGAGAGACAAUGAGGUGGAGUAGGGAAGAAAAAGUAAUUUAAAAAAGUGAUUGAGAGAAGGCAAAAGAGAAAGAGAGAUAGAGAGAGAGUAAGAGAAAGAGAGAUAGAGAGAGAGAGAGAGUGAGAGAAAGAGAGGGGGAAAGAACGAGAGAAAGAAAUUAAGAAAGAAAGGAGAGUCUACAUAUAGUCUUUUUUUAAACAAAGGAUCACAGAUUAACCAAUUUACAAACGUGUGUUAAAAAGUUCCCGUUGAGUCGAAACCAGGACUCCAGGUGUCUGUCUGCCAGGUGAGCUGUACAUGUCAGGACUCCUGGUGUCUUUCUUGCAGGUGAGCUGUAUAUGCUAACUUUCUUCUCAGUUUCUCAUGAAUCUACAGGUGUGUGUUUUAUUCCUGGACUGGCGCUGCCAGAUUUUUGUGCGUAAAAAUAGUCUCUAGUGCUUUCAAAGGACAUUGUAAGAUCAUGUAAGGAAAGAGAGAGCGAGAGAGAGAGAGAGAGAGAGAGAGAGAGAGAGAGAGAGAGAUAGAGAGAGAGAGAGAGAAAUGAAAGCUCCAGGUGGAUAAUAACCACAGUUCGUAACAAGAACAAAGUAAGUAUAAAAUAUUGGGUUGCAUUCUUUAAGAAUGUCAGUUGUGGCAGUUUCUAUAAAUAGAAGCUACUCUCGGUACCAUAUGCUAGGCUGUAAGAUGUGUCUGCGAGCAAAUUUCCAUAAAUAACUAUUGCUAUCCUCCGUACCAAAUGGCUUGUAAUGUUUUGAUUAGCGACAGACCGAGGUAGAGCGUGCAAUGGUGUCUUUUUUUAAAGAAACAUUGAUUUUCUUCUGUGCCCACCUGUGGAUUCGCCACUGUGUAUAGAUACAUACUAAGAGAAGAGUGAGAGAGAGAGAGAGAGAGAGAGAGAGAGAGAGAGAUAAAUAGAUAGAUAGAUAGAUAGAUAGAUAGAUAGAUAGAUAGAUAGAUAGAUAGAUAGAUAGAUAGAUAGAUAGAUAGAUAUAGACGGAUAGAUUAGAUAGAUAUAGAUAGACAGAUGAGAGAGAGAGAGAGAGAGAGAGAGAGAGAGAGAUAGUGAGAGAGAAAUAGAGACUCUUCUUGGAAAAAUAUAAAAAAGAUAGAACAAAUAUAUAUAACGGAUUUUACCAAAAGUUAUAUUUUCUGUUCCCUUAUGCCCCACCCCCAAUCCCCUGUAGUAAAAGGAGACUUUUGGUCAUAAUAUUGUAUCAAUGUGAUAUUUUUCUAUAAAUUUAUUUAUUUUACCAUGUACAUUGUUUGAAUAGAACUUGCAUUGUCUCUAAAAGAGCCUUGGAUUUCUCAUGAAUGAUUUGAGAAUCCUCGUUAAGCAUUUGCAUACCACGCCAGCUAGAUGUAACAGGAGUGACCACUGGAAUUAUUUCAGUGCUGUGCCAUGAUCGUACUGUCCGGCGUGAUAUGUCACACGUGUGUUUAGUAUACUUAUGACACAUUCUGAUACGUAGUACAGUUAGGAAAACUAUUUGGUGAAGAGGCUUUCAUUAGAGACACGUUUGUCGUCUGAUGAGUUUGUCGUCUGCUGAGUUUGUCGUCUGAUGAGUUUGUCGUCUGCUGAGUUUGUUGUCUGCUGAGUUUGUUGUCUGCUGAGCAAUCAAGGAUAUAUAGGAGUUUCACGGACAAUUUGGAAGUUUUGUGACAAUUCGAUCUUAGGUGAGUAUGAUACUAUUAUCUUCUUACUACGGCCUAAAAGUGUCGUGUAGUUGUAAUGUUGUUCUGACCGAGUAUAAAAGAGUGGAGAAAGUGUGUGUGUGUGUGUGGGGGGGGGGCAUUACUCAUACGAUCGCCAUUUUAUAUUGUGAAAGAAAAACAUCCCUCGUCCUGCAUCACACACAAGUGAGUUGGUCAUUUUAGAAUGGGGAACACAUCAGUGAUCUUGUCAUUAUAGAUUGGGGAACAUCCCAGUGAUGUUGUCAUUUUAGAAUGGUGAAUAUACCAGUGAUUUUAUCAUUUUAGAAUGGGAACACAUCAGUGAUGUUGUCAUUAUAGAUUGGGGAACAUCCCAGUGAUUUUGUCAUUUUAGAAUGGUGAAUAUACCAGUGAUUUCGUCAUUUUAGAAUGGGGAACACGCCAGUUAUUUCGUCAUUUUAGAAUGGGGAACACGCCAGUUAUUUCGUCAUUUUAGAAUGGGGAACACGCCAGUUAUUUCGUCAUUUUAGAAUGGGGAACACGCCAGUUAUUUCGUCAUUUUAGAAUGGGGAAAACACCAUUGAGUUUGUCAUUUCAGAGUCGCGAAAUUGGAUGUGGGGGGAAAAAAAAGGGGGGGGGGGUUUGAAGACUUUUUAAAGGGCGGAAACUGAUUUCUGAUUUUAAUAACUGAAUCAUGUGGAUUUUUUUAGCAAUAAAUGAAUCAUUGAGAUGUAUGUCACAUGGUACAUCAAGAUGUUUAUCACGUGGUUCAUCAAAUGUAUUUCAUGAGUGGGUUGAGGUCGUCGGUCUGUCGAAUGAGUAAGUAAGACAAGUAGGCCUACUCUAUACGUGGCAUUCGCUAAGAGAUCAAAGUGGUAAGUGAGUACAUCUCUAAAUUAUCGGGGCAUCAAGACAUGAAGCCGUUUGUAAUGAAGACAUUAACGUAACCAUGCUUCAUGGAUUCAGCGCUAGGGCCAAGGUUUGAUUUCCUUUAAAUUAUAUAUUAAUUUUUUUAAAAAUAAAUUUCCGAGCUAACUUCCAGGAGCUAAACCUGUACUCAAGCAAUGUGGAAAACUUAGACUGUGGUCAAAGCUGAUAAACCUAGACCGAUGUAAAAUAAUUGUUCAUGUACGUGCAAGCUCACCUGCAAACCAAUCGUGGAUUCCAUGUGUUUCUUCGUUUCAUCGCGUGAUCAUUAGUUAGCCACAAACGCCUUGAAAUACGUCAUGGGCUUUCGUGUCAUCAAGGCUGCAGGAAUUCGGCUACGGCCAAUCAAUAAGUGGUCUAUUUAGAAGAUUACAUUUGACAUCAGUAUAAUUAUGACCGCGCCCGUGUGAGGUUAUGACCACGCCCAUUUGAGGUCAAGUCUAGAAUCAUGACGUGUGAUAGGCUCAUUUGACGCUUUAACGACUUGUGAGGGAUUAGUGGCUAAUCCUUUACAGCGGUUCUCAGACUCUUAGAAAUGCGUAAGUAAACAACACAUUGAAACCUAUAAAAGAAUAAAAUGAAGUGUAAUACUAUUAUUCAUUGUAAAUGCAAUCUUAAUUAACAAUAAUGAACAUACGUAAAAUGAACUUGUAAUUUUAAAAAAAAAUUGGAUUUAGAUGACACAUUUCCUAGAUACGCCUAUGUCAUAUGUGACGAGUUCGCCUCUGUAGUAAAUUUCAAUCAUUCAAUGACAUAUCUUGAAAGACCAUAUUGUUGACAUAUCUUAACUGUCCAUAAUGAUGACCAUAUUGUUGACAUAUCUUAACUGUCCAUAAUGAUGACCAUAUUGUUGACAUAUCUUUACUGACCAUAAUGUUGACCAUAUUGUUGACAUAUUUUAACUGUCCAUAAUGAUGACCAUAUUGUUGACAUAUCUUUACUGACCAUAUUGUUGACAUAUCUUUACUGACCAUAUUGUUGACAUAUCUUUACUGACCAUAUUGUUGACAUAUCUUUACUGACCAUAUUGUUGACAUAUCUUUACUGACCAUAUUGUUGACCAUAUUGUUGACAUAUCUUAACUGUCCAUAAUGAUGACCAUAUUGUUGACAUAUCUUUAUUGACCAUAUUGUUGACCAUAUUGUUGACAUAUCUCCACUGAUCAUAUUGUUGCCAUAUCUUCACUGACCGCAUUUUUGCCAUCUCUUCACUGACAAUUUCGUUGACCAUAUUGUUGACCAUAUUGUUGACCAUAUUGUUGACCAUAUUGUUGACACAUAUUGUUGACACAUAUUGUUGACCAUAUCCCGUAUUGUUGUUUCACAGAUAUCAGAGAUGCCCCUCCAGGAGUCGGACUGUGCUGUGACAUAUAAAGUCCUCAUCAUUGGGGACCACGCUGUGGGAAAGACGUCGCUCCUGAGUUCACUGACAAAUCGAGGUUUUCAGGAGCGUGUCCUGCCAACAGUAGGUAAGUCCCUUGCCAGCAAGUGUGCCGCCUACAAUAGGUGAGUUUCUUAGUCUACAAGUGUGCCGCCUAAAAUAGGUCAGUUUCCUAGUCUACAAGUGUGCCGCCAACCGUAGGUCAUUUUCCUAGACUACAAGUGUGCAGCCAACCAUAGGUCAUUUUCUUAGACUGCAAGUGUGCCGCCUAAAAUAGGUCAGGUUCUUAAUCUAAAAGUGUGCCGCCAACCGUAGGUUAUUUUUCCUAGUCUACAAGUGUGCCACCAACCAUAGGUCAGUUUUUUAGUCUACAAGUGUGCCGCCAGCUGUAGGUCAGUUUCUUAGUCUACAAAUGUGCCGCCGUCUGUAAGUAAGUUUCCUAGUCUACUAGUGUGCGGCCAAGCACAAGUGUGCAGCCAACCACAUGUAUGGCGCCAACCACAAUUGUGCCACCAACCACAAGUGUGGCGCCCCCUGCAGGUAAAUCACAUAUCCAGCAAGUGUGAUGCCAUAUGAUGAUUAUCAACCACGGAAUGUAUCCACAACUUGAUGGAUACGUAAAUGGAUUUAGGAACCAAUAUUAUUAUUAUAAAAGACUCCACACCAUGUGUCAUUGUUUAUUCAAACAUACACGUGUUUAUCACUAUCAUUAUGAUGCGUAUAAAUCUGUUACAGGGGUUGACUUUGUCACAAGAAUAUUUGAGGUAGAUGGCGCUCUGAUCCAAUUGCAAAUUUGGUGAGUUGAAAUUUUGGUCCAUACGGGGAAUGGUCUCCAAAAGAUGAUUAGUAAUUAUAGUCUUUACUGGGAAUGGUCUUCAAAAGAUGAUUAGAAAUUAUGGUUCUCACUGGGAAUGGUCUUCAAAAGAUGAUUAGAAAUUAUGGUUCAUACUGGGAAUGGUCUUCAAAAAAAUGAUUAAAAAUUAUGGUCCAUACUGGGAAUGGUUUAAAAAAAAUGAUUAAAAAUUAUGGUCCAUACUUGGAAUGGUUUUGAAAAACAAUGAUUAAAAAUUAUGUUCCAUACUGGGAAUGGUUUUCAAAAGAAUGAUUAGAAAUUAUGGUAUAUACUGGGAAUGGUCUUCAAAAAAUAAUUAGAAAUUAUGGUCCAUACUGGGAAUGGUUUCCCCUUGUUUUCAAAUCACAGGAAGACUUUUAUGUAAAUUACGAAUUUCUUUAAUUUUAUUUGCAACGGUUAUUUUAGUCUUCACAUCUUCUGACUUACUCAAAUUGAUUUCUUUUGUCAGACAUAGUUAUUUCCCUUGAAUUUCAUCUUCAAAUUUAAUUCAAUUAAUAAGUAUGAAUAAACAUAUUCAUUAUAUUUUAUUAAUUAUUAAAUUAUGUAUUAAUACCGGGUAUUAUUAUAUUAUGUAAUGAAUAGCUAUUAUUGAUUUAAAAUACCAGACGUGAUAUUCUUUACCUAAAGUUUUAUAAAUGCACUAUUAAAAUCUUGCGACACAUGUAUCCACCUUCCAGACAAACUUUGGACUCGGGUCUGUGAAUUUUUAAUUUAAAGUCUGACGUCACGAUACCCGACAGAGGCGUGCAUGCCAGACCUUAAGUCAGCGAACUGGAGAGCUGGAGAGUUUAGCCAUGAAAAAUGGUCGCCUGAAGUCGUUGGGAACUUUUGUUUGUGUACCCAGUGGACAGAAGGCUACCAGUUGACAAAAUAAGCACAGGUGCAAUCGAGUGGCCUGCAGGGCGAGGACCCUGCAAUGCGAGUUACCUGCAUUGCGAGUAACCUGCAGUGCGAGUAGCCUGCAGUUGAGUAACCUGCAGUGUGCGUAACCUGCCGUGCCUUUAACCUGCAGUGCGAUUAACCUGCAGUGUGAUUAACCUGCAAUGUGAGUAGCCUGAAGUGCGAGUAACUUGUUGUGCGGCUCCCCGGAAGUACAAUUAAAAGGCGCACGGAAAAAUUAUGGCUUCAGCAAGAUAGCUAUGCAUAAAAAUAGUUUUUGAAGCACAAUAAUGGGGUAUGGAUACGCCUUGGUAGAAAGAAGGCCUGUGUUCUGUAUCGAUGGCUGAUGAUACCUAUCUCCAGUGGCGUAGCUAGGGUUAGUGCCGCCCGCGGUGUUCCGGUAUUUGUAGUUUCCAUUUCAUUUAACGAUGUGUUUUUAUUUGGUUUGUAUUUGGUUUGUAUUUGGUUUGUAUUUGGUUUGUAUUUGGUUUGUAUUUGGUUUGUAAUUGGUUUGUAUUUGGUUUGUAUUUGGUUUGUAUUUCAUUUAGGGACUGUUCAGGUUUGGAGAGAUUCAGGUCAAUCACCAACCGCCAGUUCAAGGGCGUCCAGGUCAGUGCUAAUCCAGGGCCGAAAAAACCUUGACAAAUCUACCUUAUUGUACUACACAUUGUCUUCUUGACACAUAUCUUAUUGUACUACACAUUGUCUUCUUGACACAUAUCUUAUUGUACUACACAUUGUCUUCUUGACACAUAUCUUAUUGUCCUGCGCAAUUUCUUCUUGAAACCCACCCUAUUUCCAAUUUCACUGCACAGCAGCUUGAUCAAUGGCUAGCAGAGAAAAUGGGGGAAUGUUGAUAACUCAAGGGGUUAGGGGUGUAGUUAGGCUAAGGGGUGCCGUUGGUGUUCAGGGGUAUGGUUAGGGUUCAUGGGUGUGGUUAGGGUUAGGCGAAUGAUUUACAACUCAAUUCUAAUUUUUCUACAUUUAAGGAUACCCCCCCCCACCCGCCCUUUUUACACUUUAAUUAUUUUCGUUUUGAACGAUGUUUGCCCAUGUCAGGGGUUCUUAAAUCUUUUGCGGCGCCACACCCCCUCUGGAUUUGAAAGCAUUUCCCGCACCCCAUUAUCGAUUUAAAAUGAGCAUUUCCUGCUCAUACAAAUUUCAACUAAACCUGCAACAACCCCCCCCCCACCCCCAAGGAUACUGUGGCCAAAUGCCAAAUGGUUGAAACUGAGGCUAUUAUUAUUACUAACCCUCCAACAACCCCCCCCCCCACCCCCAAGGAUACUCUGGCCAAAUGCCAAAUGGUUGAAACUGAGGCUAUUAUUAUUAUUAUUAUUAUAAGUUGUUUCAUAUAAGUUGUUUGAUACCAAAGCCCAGGGCUGGGCUCACCACGGUAGACAUACAUACAUACAUUUUAACAAACAUAAUCAAAAACUUAAAAAAUUAAUUAACCUACCUUAAUUAAAUAAAACAAAACAAAUGUAUAUUUAAAAUAUUCCAACCCUUUGUGUAUGUUUGUCACAGAGAGUAAGUGUUUUUGUUUCUUUCUAUCUUAGUGUGUGUGUGUGAGGAAAGUAGAGUGAGAGGGAGAGAGAGGGAGAGUGAGAGAGACAGGGGGAGAGAUGGAGGGGUAUGGAUGGGUAGAGGGAAGGAGGGGGACAGAGGGAUAGAGGGGUGGGGAGAUUAGGAGGGGGGAGAGAGGGAGGGAUAUGAGAUCAGUGUCUGAACUAGAUAAAAAGUCAGUGUCUCAACUAGAUAAGUACAUUUAGACUGAACCCACUACCUGUUAUGAAACAGAAACUUAAAUUGAUGAAGAGUUGACUCAGUCGCCGCGACACAGCGGGAAAAAUGGAUUUACUACAAUUAGUUACUUCCUGUAUUAUUAUUAUUUUAUUUUUUAAAAGCCAUUUUUUUCUCGGAAAGACAGGAAAACGUAUAUGGCUCGAAUUAUGUGUACAGUAGUUUGAUACUGACUGGUUGGAAUUAUGUGUACAGUAGUUUGAUACUGACUGGUUGGAAUUAUGUGUACAGUAGUUUGAUACUGACUGGUUGGAAUUAUGUGUACAGUAGUUUGAAACUGAUUGGUUGGAAUUAUGUGUACAGUAGUUUGAAACUGACUGGUUGGAAUUAUGUGUACAGUAGUUUGAAACUGAUUGGUUGGAAUUAUGUGUACAGUAGUUUGAAACGGACUGGUUGGAAUUAUGUGUACAGUAGUUUGAUACUGGCUGGUUGGAAUUAUGGGUACGGUAGUUUGAUAUGGACCAUAUUACUUCCUCAGGGUCUCGUUCUGGUUUAUGACGUCACAAAUGAGAUGAGCUUCAAGUCUCUGAAACAUUGGUUGAAGAGCAUAAAUAUCGUGAGUAUCGUUAUUCACUUAACAUAUCUACCGAGUAUCGUUAUAUACUUAAUAUAUCUACUGAGUAUCGUUAUACACUUUAUCUAUCUACUCUACAGCCCAUAAAUAUCUACUUCAAAAACCUUAUUUAUCGUGUGACAUUUAUCAAGCUUAUAUCUGAUUAACUAGUCGCUGUCUGCAACUCUAUGACUAUUUUAGAAGAUAGAAAAGUGAAAAAAUAUGGUAUCGAAUAGAGAAUCUCGACCCCGAAAUCCUAAUACAGUAUCGAUAUCGUCCUAUUCCAGGAACACGAGAACAGAAAAAACAGCUACGAGCCCACCCCUGUUGUGCUGUGCGGGAACAAAUGUGACCGGAUAUGUGACAAGAAGGUCAGCAGGGUCAAAGGUGAAAAGGUAGUAUUUACGACUUUAUAAGCACUGCUAUAGUAGAACUGACAGUUAUGAAGGUCAGGGUAAAAGGGGGUCAUGGCAGUAGUCAGGGGGUCCUGAUUGAGGGGGGGGUCCUUGCAAUAGGAGUCGCCCUGGUAGGAGGCAGCGAAGACUAAGAUUUUCAUAAUGCUAAAUUACUUAAGAGUAGCAGGAACUGAAAAUAAUUGUAAAUAAUUUGAAAUAGUUUCAUACAGCCAUAGGUUAAGAUUUUUUUUUAAAAAGGGGAACAAGCAGAUUAUGCUACAAUGGUUAUCAGGACUAUUGCCAGGACCAACGUGUGGGUCCGCAGACCGGUGUCCGGGGGUUGGCGACCGUUCACCUGUGUUAUAACAAAAAAGUGGACAUAUUGACCAAGACGUCUCUGACCAAUAAACUUAGUUUGUGAACAGAUGUAGCUGUUUGUAAUUUUGCUUUGUUGGGGGGGGGGGAAGUAAUUUAUAAAUCUUUUCAUAACAAAAAUGAAAAAUGAAAACUGGCCACAUUUCUUACAUGUAGUGUAAAUAAUUUAUUUUGUUACGAUACCUAACCCUAACCUAACCCUAACCCAAAAUUAAAGCGUUUAAGAAACCCUGGUCUGGAUAAAAUUAGUUAGGACCGUGGCAUUGGCCCAGUAAUCCUGUGACCCUAUAAUCCCAUGACCCUGUAACCCUGUAACCAUGUGACCCUGUGACCAUGUAACACUGUAACCCUGUAACCCUGAAAUUCUGUGACCCUAUAACCUUGUGACCCUAUAACCCUGUGACCAUGUAACCAUGUGACCAUGUAAACCUGUGCCCCCGUAACACUGUAACCCUGUAACCAUAUGACUCUUUGACCCUCUAACGCUGGAACACUGUAACCCCAUGAACAUUUGACCCUGGUCCACACUCGCUUAUUCAGUUUAGCCAUAGUUGCUGCUGCUAUUGCGAUCCUGAUGUUUAUCUCUUCAUAAACGGAGAGAGAACUAGAAAUAUUGGAUCCAAGGUAUGUGAAAUGCUCAACAACCGACAGAUUAUGACCCACAGUAGAUAUGAUUGAAUGGGACAGGGCAUCUUGCAUCAUGACAUGUGUUUUGUGUAGACUAAUUGUCAGUCCAAACUCUUGACAAGAUACCAACCAACAAUUAUAUAAUAGAGUGUAAUAGAAAGGGGUUGGAAUUUAAAGUCAAAACUAAGUGACCUUGACCUCUUUCCUCAAGCUUGUUCUUCGCUUAAGGUAAAUUCAUUACAAGUUAGGUAACUCUUAAAAACCUAUUGUGCCAUCGAUUAUCUCCCACUUAUGUUGACCAUGUGACCAGGCUCAUUAGUGUAUGCAACCUUAUAGAAUUCAUUUUGUGUCCCCAGUUAGCUGACAGGCAGAUGUUGGUUGGUUAUUCAUUUGUUUUCCCCAGUUUGCUGACAGGCAGAUGUUGUUUGGUUAUUCAUUUGUUUUCCCCAGUUUGCUGACAGGCAGAUGUUGUUUGGUUAUUCAUUUGUUUUCCCCAGUUUGCUGACAGGCAGAUGUUGUUUGGUUAUUCAUUUGUUUUCCCCAGUUUGCUGACAGGCAGAUGUUGUUUGGUUAUUCAUUUGUUUUCCCCAGUUUGCUGACAGGCAGAUGUUGUUUGGUUAUUCAUUUGUUUUCCCCAGUUUGCUGACAGGCAGAUGUUGUUUGGUUAUUCAUUUGUUUUCCCCAGUUUGCUGACAGGCAGAUGUUGUUUGGUUAUUCAUUUGUUUUCCCCAGUUUGCUGACAGGCAGAUGAUGUUUGGUUAUUCGUUUGUUUUCCCCAGUUUGCUGACAGGCAGAUGAUGUUUGGUUAUUCGUUUGUUUUCCCCAGUUUGCUGACAGGCAGAUGAUGUUUGGUUAUUCGUUUGUUUUCCCCAGUUUGCUGACAGGCAGAUGAUGUUUGGUUAUUCGUUUGUUUUCCCCAGUUUGCUGACAGGCAGAUGAUGUUUGGUUAUUCGUUUGUUUUCCCCAGUUUGCUGACAGGCAGAUGAUGUUUGGUUAUUCGUUUGUUUUCCCCAGUUUGCUGACAGGCAGAUGAUGUUUGGUUAUUCGUUUGUUUUCCCCAGUUUGCUGACAGGCAGAUGAUGUUUGGUUAUUCGUUUGUUUUCCCCAGUUUGCUGACAGGCAGAUGAUGUUUGGUUAUUCGUUUGUUUUCCCCAGUUUGCUGACAGGCAGAUGAUGUUUGGUUAUUCGUUUGUUUUCCCCAGUUUGCUGNGGGGGGGGGGGAGAUGAAAGAAAACGCGAUCUUAAUGAAAUUCAUUAAAAAAAAUAAUAUAGCAAGUGCCUUUGGUGCGUAAAAUUUUCUGUUUUUUUUUUUUUUUUUACAAAAAGUGUUGAUGAAAUAAAUCUGUGGUAUAAAAGCGUUUGGGUCACUGGAAUAUUAAUAUAGUUGAGGGUGUGAAAAAAAUGUGUGGUUCCCAGCCUUAUUGGGGGGGGGGGAGGGCUUGAGUGGUGGGAGGACUAUUUGGGAUACCGGUACUUAUAAAGUGCAUUACUUCUAAGCAUGUUUUGUCACAAUUUCAGGCCCCCCCACCUGUCAAAGCACGAUAUUACAUUUAAUAAAGGAUUUACUUUUUAAAAAACGUUGUUAUUUGUGUUGUUUCAUUGGACCCCGGGAUUCAUAAAGACUUAGGGCAUUUUAGAAAUUGCACUAUGAAAAAACCAUUAAAAAAAUAAUAAUUUGACAAACUUUAAAAAAUACAAUUUAGCUUCAUGAAAUCCCAGAGAAAUAAAGAACGUAUUUCAUAUAAUCAUUGAAACAAAAAUGUGUUGUGAAGAGGCGGAAGAUCCUUCCAGGAAUGUGAUUGGUUAUAUCCUGGACAAGGCAUUGUGAUUGGUUAUAUCCCGGACAGGCAUUGUGAUUGGUUAUAUCCUGGACACGGCAUUGUGAUUGGUUAUAUCCUGGAUAAGGCAUUGUGAUUGGUUAUAUCCUGGACAAGACAUUGUGAUUGGUUAUAUCCUGAACAAGACAUUGUGAUUGGUUAUAUGCUGGACAAGGCAUUGUGAUUGGUUAUAUCCUGGACAAGGCAUUGUGAUUGGUUAUAUCCUGGACAAGGCAUUGUGAUUGGUUAUAUCCUGGACAAGGCAUUGUGAUUGGUUAUAUCCUGGACAAGACAUUGUGAUUGGUUAUAUCCUGGACAAGGCAUUGUGAUUGGUUAUAUCCUGGACAAGGCAUUGUGAUUGGUUAUAUCCUGGACAAGACAUUGUGAUUGGUUAUAUCCUGGACAAGGCAUUGUGAUUGGUUAUAUCCUGGACAAGGCAUUGUGAUUGGUUAUAUCCUGGACAAGACAUUGUGAUUGGUUAUAUCCUGGACAAGGCAUUGUGAUUGGUUAUAUCCUGGACAAGACAUUGUGAUUGGUUAUAUCCUGGACAAGACAUUGUGAUUGGUUAUAUCCUGGACAAGGCAUUGUGAUUGGUUAUAUCCUGGACAAGGCAUUGUGAUUGGUUAUAUCCUGGACAAGGCAUUGUGAUUGGUUAUAUCCUGGACAAGGCAUUGUAUCAUCUCAAAUUAUAUGUUAGGUUUCUUGGAGACCAAUUUUAUCGUGUCAUAAAUCUGCAAGGCACCAUCAUGUUUAUCAUAACGUAUAGUUCAUACAUCAUACUAAUUUAUUAUUUUUUUCUAUUUUUCUUGAAGAUGACGGCAUAUCACCCAUAUCUAAUCAGACGUACAUCCAAACUGACCCCCUACAAACCUCCGCCCCUGAGACAGUUCAACAAGAAGAAAAAACGUAGAAAAGAGGCGGGGGCGCCCGUGGUAAAGACAGCACGCCCCCAACAGACCGACAUCGUCAGGCAUGGCAGUGACUUCACCACCAAUGGCCUUGUCUUCCCGUAUGAUGGGCGCCAAGGUCUUACUCAAAAUGGCGGUCUUCCCGAAGAUGCCAGGAAGCGAAAAAAGUCUCACAAGAAGAAUUGUUUGUUAUGGAACAGUUGUUUUGGAAGAAAGCGGAAAUGAAAAAUUUUUUUGUGGAAAAUAAAGUAUGGACUUUGUUUUAAAAUGUGA